AUGUUCCCUCAGCCUACACUGAUAGGAGGGCAGAGCUUUCAGUCGGGUGUGUCGGAGCCGUGAGCGGGAGCGCGCCGCCACUUUGUAUCCUUUGGAUAGUUUGUUGCAGUUUGGUCCCAGAUCGCUACAAAGUGUUCGGUCGAGAGAGCGCGGAAAGGCGGGGAGCAUCAUGACCAAAGACCAGCUCAGGCCGCGGCUUUGUGUCAUCAGCAAGGGCCCCAAUGGCUACGGGUUCCAUCUGCACGGGGAGAAGGGCAAGACGGGUCAGUUCAUCCGCCUGGUGGAAGAGAGCUCGCCGUCCGAGGGAGCGGGGCUGAAGGCCGGUGACAGGGUGGUGCAUGUCAAUGGCGACAACGUGGAGCAGGACAGCCACCAGCAAGUGGUGCAGAAGAUCAAGGCAGUGGCCAACGAGACGCGGCUGCUAGUGGUGGACAAGGAGACGGACGAGCUGCUGAAGAGCAUGGGGCUGGAGUGUAAGGAAGAGUAUAUCCACGGCAUCCCGGACCAGGAGCAGGGCGCCGAGCAGCUGCCCGAGCCCAAAGACCCAACACCGACAGCCGAGCUCAAUCAGGCUGACAGCGUGUCUCAGACUAGCAGCGAUAAGGGAUCGACAGAGGCAGCCAGGGAACUGCGUCCCCGACUCUGCUGCAUACAGAAGGGCUCCAAGGGUUACGGCUUCAACCUUCACAGCGAGAAGUCCAAGACUGGACAGUACAUCCGUGCCGUGGACCCCGACUCUCCGGCAGAACAUUCCGGACUGCUGCCCCAGGACCGCAUCAUCGAGGUGAACAGGAUGAGUGUGGAAGGGAAGCAGCACGCUGACGUGGUGACGGCCAUUAAGAACGGCGGCAUGGAGACCUUGCUGCUGGUCGUCGAUCCAGAAACGGAUGAGUUUUUCAAAAAGUGCAAGAUUUCACCAACGGUUGCCCACCUGACAGGACCUCUGCCCCAGCCGAUUGUGAACGGAGAGGCCGACCAGAAGGCCAACGGGAAUGUGUCGGUACCAGUCACGCCCACAUCAGAGCCGUCUUCCAACUCUUCCUCUUCACCCUCCACCCCAACCACUCCAGCCAGGGAAGCCGGCAGCCACGUGGAGGAGCCCCCCGGUGACGUGGAGACCAAGUUUACCGAGAUGGGCCUGGACCUCAGUACGUCUGCGGCAGCGGCCAAGGAGAAGAUGCGCUCGAAGCGGCUGAGCAAGAAGGCGCCGCAGAUGGACUGGAGCAGGAAGAACGAGCUCUUCAGCAACUUGUAGAGCCGCCCGCCGGGGACUCUCCUCUGCGCGGUAACUUCACAAAAACGUAAUCUGGUAAUUUGUUUUCCCAAACCCAGCUAAUCUUAACCAGUGCAUUCCGAGAUAUCUGAUCGGCGAGCACUCCCCAUCUCUGGGUUAAUUAAAUCCCCGCCUCCCUCAGGACAAACCCAGGCCUGGCCCAUGGUGGUCCCCGGCUGCUGUCAGCUGGGUUACCCUGGGAUAGCGGACCCAGACCUGACAUCUCCCUGUGGACGUGUGUGUGUCAGUCUCCCCGUGGGGUUGUGCGUAAAUCUCCCUCCGUGUGUGUGUGUGUGUGUGUGGUCUCCCCGGGGGGGUGUCUCGUCAGUGGUUGUCAGUUCACUUGGUCUGGGGAUGACCCGCUGUCAGUUGGGGACAGCCCAGCAUUGUGCCAGGGCUGGGGCAGUGAGGCUGAGGGCUACAGUGGGGCACUAGGCUGGGAUCAGCGCUGUAGGGCUAUUAGCAAUUAGGCUCUUCUUUGGGUUUUGGGGACUGUAUCUUGUAUUAUCCUUCCCUUUGGUUGAUCUUCCUGCUACCUGCUGGAGAUUAGUUGCAUUAGCUGAGAAUCUAACCUCAUCUGCACAGCAAUAAUUAACUGGAGUCUUUAGUAAAGAGCCUGUUUGGUUCUGUUGGUGGUCUAGAUUUCAAAGCAAGUUGAUGGAUGUUGUACCAUUCAACUCUAUGAUGCAAUGUAAUGGCAGAUUCUGGUCAGCAUGGACCAAUCCAUCCCUCCCCAAAGUCCCAGUGCUGCCAUUGGAUUGCAACUGUCCAUCAGUAGCAAAAUGUGCCAACACAGCCUCAACCCCCCCGGCCAGGAGACGGCUCUCUGUGUGUGAACUCCUGAGACUGCAUAUCAUACAGCCCCUGGGUCUUUGUUUGAGCUGUUAGCUCUCACACAUUUCAAGAACCGCAAGUCUCUCUGGGCCCUUCAGCCCACUAACACCAGCUCUCCUGGGGUCCCUCUGCUCCUGCACCUUGAAUUGUAUUUUCCUACAUCACAUUCCAAGGGAACAAUGUUAAACAUCUCACUCUUGCACUUUCACUCGCGCUCCCUCUCCCCCCACACUCAUGCAUACAUUCCUCAUGGUGAACAAUUCAUAUUUGCUUUGAAUCCUGCAAAUUUAAUUGGGUCACUUCAAAUCUCCCUUACAAAGGCUAGCUAGCCAGUGGCAGAGUGAACUGUUUGCAAUCAUGAAAGAGACUUGUCUUUGGUGCAGAGUAUAAACAGCCUCUUUGGCACUUCCCCAUUGAGGAGCUAAAACUGCUGGACCGUGCGUGUCUGGAGAGAGAUGGCUUUAUUCUGAUCUAUUAUCACUGAAAUGUGCCAUUUGGGCCAAUUAACUCGCUGGACAAAGAUGAAGGAGCUGAUUACAUUUGUCCAAUUAACAAUGCCUUCAUCCCUUUCCUACAAAUGAAUCUUGUCUCUGGGCUGGUUUGUACGAUCCUUUUGUUGCCACAGUAUAAAGGGAGUCCUUGUUGGCUGGUUUUAUAUUGUCGGUAUUUUGUUAACUCCUUCCACCCUGCACACAGUGCUCCAUCUCCUGCUGCUCCUGGACUGCAACCUUCAAGGCACCUGCUGAGCACUGGGAUCUGGAGCUGCUUGUACAUGGCUGUCACCUCUGGUGUUUAUAAUUUACUUCUAUUGGCCACGAAUAAGUUAGGAUCUAAAAAGAUUAAUCAACUUUAAAAUCUUGCAAUCUGGGCACACUAUGUCAAAAGGAGUUUACGAUUAGUAGUUAAUUUAGUUUAGUAGAAGAUGGGACAUUGUGACGGAGGUGCUGAAUGAGGUGAAAAUGUCAAUGAUUGGGUAGGAGUUGUGUUCAUCCUCUCCCACUGAGAUUGAGAAUAUAUUUCAGAAGGUGGCUUUGGUUAGUCAAUGUAAAGCUAAAACAGUUAGUCCUGAGGAGGCAAUGCAGUCUCUUGGAGGGGUGGGUAGACCCCAGUAGACUGUGCUGCCAUUACCUGCCUCUAGUGGUUUAAUGAUGGGGUUUGUUGAGAUCUGCAUGGAUAGGAGGGUGGAGAUAAAUGGGAGGGGCUGACAGACGGCUCAGAAAGCAGGAGACUUUGAUGGAAGGAUCAGAGGGGCUGGUGAGGAGAGUGUUGUCACCCAGAGUGGUCUGGAACUCUGGCAGGCAGAUGUAAACAUUGAAACUGUGGGGUCUACCUGAGGGGCACAGGUCCUCACACUGCAAGACUCGUUCUCAACAGUGGCCCGAGAGACCUUGUCCACUGACAAAAAUCCAUCCUUCCUGCAUGUGCCUCUCAGGCAGGUGCCUGAAACAUUCCACCACCGGUGAUCUGUUCCCUAGAUUCACAGUUUACCACAGGCACCACAACCUUUACACAUUCGCUAUCUUGAGCUAAUCCUGUGAAAGUUUCACUCCGCCCUGGGAUGGAGAUCAGGUUGCAAACCUGAGUCACCCUGGUCUGUUUCCAAAUGUAUCAUAAUGCAAUUUCCCCUUUGUUUUGCAUUUAAAACAUGUACAUUGUUGUUUUAAGCACGGGUGGAGUGAGGAGUGUGGGUUCUGCCUGUUGGUUGAGUUGGGUUGUAUUUGUCUACCUGAUGUUGGCUUCUGUCAUUGGACCCUGUCUGAUGUAGUCGAGUGCAGAGGCUCCCCCAGGGUGGUGAACUUUAACCUGCCACCUCUGAAGGAAAGGCACCACCAGUCUUGGCGAGGAGGUGCUCCUCUGUGUGCUGGGUAGGAGACUAAUUGUCUCAGUCUGAGUGAAGAAGACCAGAAUGAUUUGUGUCCAAAUUCCAGUAACUGUAAUUUUUAGAAACUAUAUUUUUAUCAGUAAAUGUAAAUUUUAUGAAAUAAAAGUUAAGAAUCA